AUGCCUCUCGUGGCAUUCUCCUUCGGCGCGUUCGGUGACAUCGCGACCGUCUGUGGCCUGCUCACGCGCGUGGUUCAGGCUCUGUCGAGCUCGACCGGCGCGUCAACGGCUUAUCAGGCGCUGAUCAUGGAACUGGACUGUUUCCACGAUUGCUUGGUCCAUCUCGAGCACUUGCUUGAGCGAGCGCGUGUCUCUCACCACGCCCGACCCGGUGCGGGUCUCCCCUUCCGACAGCAGCACGUUGAGGGUUUCACACGAGAAUGCCGCCGCACCGUGCACGACAUCGGUGCCCGUGUGUUGGAGUUCCAAAAGAAAUUGAAACGACGAAGCCCGCAUAACGGGUGGAUGGAGUCGUGGCGGAAGAUCGGUUGGGGUCUCUUUACCGAGAACGAGAUCUCUCGCUAUCGAGAGGACGUACGGCGGCAUAUGUCCACUGUUCACGCGUUGACGACCGCGGUCAAUUCAGCGAUUCUCUAUGAUGUCGUCGACACCAUUUCUUCGUUAACUACCCCAGCUCUCCAGGCGCAUAGCAGCAUGAACACUCUACUAGCCUUCCCACUUCACGCCCAUAACAAGAACGCAUCUGCUCCUCCGUUUCCUGCUGCGCGUCUCAUCGUCGAGCCCGUCUCGGUGUUCCCUGCGCCGAUAUCGUCCUUCAACGUCAACGAUGAUGAACCCGUUGUGGGGAGCAGUGAUGCAGCAUGCCACUCUUGGACACCCUUCGAAGUCACCACUCCCAUCGAUACCCCAGUCACGCAGAUCCCGACGUCUUUCAUGUCCUCAUACGCCCACCCCUUACGACGGCAACUGGAGCCAGUCUGCCUCGCCGGAAACGGAGCAUCACUAGAGGGUUGCCUUCCCGUUCGUAAAGCCUCUGACACUGGCCGUCCACGUUCCCCUCAGCCUCUUUCCCCCUUCCUGGCUUGA